AUGGCUGGUGUUCAGCAACGAGUUCUGAACUGGCUAUACAGUGUUCUUACAAGCGAAUAUCGAGAUGUAAAUCGUACAUAUAAUGACGUCGCCCAAACACUUUCUCAAUAUACCUCAUUAUCCCCACGAACGGAUGUUUACACAUACGAGAAUGGCUCAUCUUCACUCCUCCUUCACCUUUCUGGCACCCUACCUGUGAAUUUUCGUGGCACAACCUACAAAUUCCCAAUCGCGUUAUGGAUACCUCACGCAUACCCACACGAAGCUCCAUUAGUAUAUGUGACACCAGUAGAAGGAAUGGUAGUAAGAGCAGGACAACAUGUAGAUCCGCAAGGGAAGGUCUAUCAUCCAUAUUUGAUGAGGUGGCCAGACUAUUGGGAUAAAUCCAAUAUGCUUGAUUUGCUCGCGAUUCUGCGAGACAUUUUUGCUAAAGAGCCUCCUGUUAUAUCGAAACAGCAACAGAAUGCCACACCACGUCCACAACCAACAGUUAUGCCUCCUCCUAUACCGCCACUUCCACCAAAUGUCCCUCGAUCGAUACCAGGUUCAGCCUCCCCACGUCCAUUGACCGACGACCUCCCUCCACCUCCCCCACCGAAGCCUAUAAAUCAUGCAGCACCCUACUCCCCUUCGAGUUCCCCGCGGCGAGAUGAUGGGCCACCGCUGCCUCCACUACCUCCGCAAAUUGGAUAUGAUAGUAGCAGAUAUGCGCCGCCGAUUCCACAAUCACCAAACAGACAAUCGCAUGCUCCUCAAAGAAGUAGUAGUCUUCGUUAUGAAAGUGCCCCUCCAUUGCCACCGCAACAGCCCAGGCAAACCUUACGGGAACCAUCAUAUAGUCCUGUGAGUCCAAUAACUCCACCAGAUGAUUCAUAUAGACAAUCCUCAUACUCUCAGUCAUACCAACAACCCCCACAGUCUCAACAAACUCAGCAAUACCCACCACAACAAGCAUACAAUGUAUAUAAUAUUCAACAGCCGGCCCCGCAAAUUGGUAGACCUCCACUGCCGCCUCAAUACAUGCAUCCACAGCAACAGCCAUAUCCUGGACAUCCAACCCAUCAGCAAUGGCCUCAAUAUCAGCAGCAACACCAACAAACGCCGCCACCACAACCUCAAGCCAAACCUCCACCACCGCCUGACCUUCUUGAUGCCCCAUUAACUCUCUCUAUCCCCGAUGCUUCAUCCGCCAAUCUUCCAGCUCCGCCUGUUCCACCUAACCCAGAAAAGGAUAUGCUCCUCCACAAACUCGCCAACGCUUUACACUCCCAACGCCUUCAUCACACUACCCAAACCACUUCUUCUAUUCCAGGUCUUCAGUCGCAACAGAAAUCUAUGCUCACCACUCUCUCCGCAAUGCAAUCUGAAAUAUCAGCUCUCGAAUCCCUCUCCACCCUUCUCUCCAAUAAUACAACGAUUCUUCACACCUCUCUUCAAACCUCCGACCAACUUCUUCAAUCCUCUCAACAUCGUACUCCUCCCUCCAUUGAUGAACUACUCGUCGCACCAACAGUUGUAGGAAACCAACUUUAUGAAUUAGUAUGUGAAGAAAGGAGUUUAGGAGAUGCGAUUGAUGUCUUGGGCAAAGCCGUUGAAAGGGGAAGGAUAAGUGGACCAACAUUUGCAAAGAUGACGAGAGGAUUGGCUAGGGAAUGGUAUCUGAAAAAAGCGUUGGUUAGGAAGAUUGGAAGGGGCAUGGGAUUGAAUGGGGUCGCUGGAGUGGGUGGAUAUUGA